CGCGUCGCGUCCAUGCCACCACGCGCUCCUACACUAUUUUUACAAAGAACUUUUACCGAAAUCCGAUAUAAUUUUACAUAAACGUGUGUGUGAAGUGUUGUGGAUUAUAACUUUAGAAAUUAGAAAGUGUCUAGGGUUGUUUCGACGGCCACCGAUGGCGAGGUGAUGGCUCUUCGCGUGCGCACGCUAGCGCUAUGGUGCGCGGUGGUCGCCUGCGCCACGGCCUACACCGUCGACUGCAACCACGAGUAUACAGACUGCGAUACUGAACUUAGUAAAUUAGUUAGCGACGAUGAAGAAGGCCAAUCAGUUGUAACCACACCUUCGAUAAAAGAAGUGCGACCAACUACGACUGCUGCAACUCCGACAAGAUCGACUCCAAGAAUUAACGAGAAUGUUCUAGAAAAUAAGACAGUUGAAAUUACCACAGAGCAAAAUGAAGUAACCGAAACAAUAGUUAAACCUAAGCCUAGACUUCUUAAUUUAAACGUAGACGAGUUACAAAAUUUUGCCAAUGCAUUGCAUAACCAAACAAACCAGAGAGAACCAAAGAAGAAUAUAGAUGAUUUAAGUGAUGUAAAUAUGGAUGGCGAUGAUGAUGAUGAUGAGCCUCCGAAAAUAUUAGUACAAGAAAGAAAACAAAAUCACAUUCCGGAUAAAUUUUAUUCCAAUCUUCAAGCACCGUUUCAUCCUUUACUUAAUAUGGAUAAAUCUGAUGAGAUAGAAACUUGCAAAGUGAACGAAGUAACGUAUAAGCUCGGCGAGAGAAUGGACAGAGGCUGCGAGGAGACCUGCGAGUGUUCGCCCGGAGGCGUGUUUGAAUGUUCGCCGCGAUGCAAGCACCCGUACAUUCGCAGAGGCAGACGUAUAAACGAUCCUUUGUGCUUCGAGUCGCCGGUUGAUGAAUGCUGCUCUAUUAUGGCAUGUGCUACUAAUAAUGGAGAUUUAAAACCGACAUCAUUAGAAAUAUGUCGCUAUGGUAACGACACCUACCACGUAGGUGCUAAGUGGAACAUCGGUUGCGAACAGACUUGCACCUGUGAACGAAACUCCAUAGUGACUUGCAAGCCGAGAUGUCAACGCAUAGCCCAAUCAGACAGAUGCAUCAACGUGCAAGACCCAAACGACGCGUGUUGCGAAAUACAGAUCUGUGAUGUGUCACAAGACGUGCACGAAGAGCCCAUGGAUAAUGUCACUGUUUCCACAUCUACUACUCAGGGCCCAGCACAUGAGAAAAACUCCAUGGAAAGUUCAAAAUCAACGAUGCGUCCACUGGUCUUAUUAGAACCAAUAGGCUCUAUCAAAGUGCUACAAAACAACAGCGUUCAAGUUAAUCUCAUACAUCCAAAUGAUACGGAAGACCCUAUACACUUAUUGCUCAGUAGCGAUGGAGGAAAAUCCUACCAAGAUGUCGAACUAAGAUAUUCAAAUCUCAUACUAAAUUUGGAAGGUGGUAAAGAUUAUAUUUUGAAAACAAAAGAAACCGGAACGAAAUUCAACUUCACUAUAACAGCAUCUGAUGUUGGUAAUGAACUACCUGACGAGGAACUAUACAAUGUUACAAAAGAUGGAUGUUAUCACGACGGACAAUUUUACGCAGUUGGCGAAGAAUUUAACAUAGGAUGCACGGAACUAUGUGAAUGUACUGGGCAAGAUACGCGUGAAUGUGCGCCUUUACAUUGUCCAAAUCACGUCGGAUUGGAGUUAGUGUCCAAGGGUUGUGUGAAGUGGGCUCCCAAUCCUCCGCCGCAGCCACCGAACUGCUGUCCUCGUACUGCUAGAUGUUUGAGUGAUGGGACUUGCCAUUAUGAGGGAGUUGCGAUACCCAAUUGGAGUGAGGUACCAAUCGCACUAUCGGGGUGCGAACAACACUGUUUCUGCGAGAAUGGAGAAUUGGAUUGCCAAGAAGCAUGUAGCCCGCUACCACCACUGCCUCCGCAAACAUUAAGGUGUCCUCCGAUGCAUAGACCGGCACCAGUAAAUAUAUCUAAUGACGAAGACUGCUGCAAGGAAUGGGGUUGCGUGCCACAUGGUCAAUUACCACCAGGAUUCCCAGGAAAGCAGCCACCAGGCUUCCUUCCUACUAUUCCCCCUGAUAAUCGAUAUCCAUCUGAAGACAAUCCAUUAGAAGAUUAUGAGCAGAAUAAUAUUCGCCGGCCCAUUGACAAUCCUUUGGAGCCUGCAUUAGCUGGCCUUCCACCUGGCUUGCCUCUACCUAGUUUCGGGGAAGAAAAUAAAAAGCUAACAGUGAUAUCUUUGCAAUCGGAUUCACCGACGAGUAUCAAAAUGUUGUUUGGACUGCCUCCUGUUUUAGUCGGUUUGCGUGGAAGUGUAGAUUUGAGAUACACAGAUACAGACGAUGAUGAUGUUGGUCAGUGGUAUUCACAAGUUUUCGCGCCAGCUGAUGAAAUAUUAACUACGCCUCGGCUGGAAUUCCGAUUGAGUGGUCUAAAACCUUCCACUAUGUAUAGGAUACGCGGCAAAUUGUAUCUACACAACCUACCAGUUGAACCUGAAAGUAAAAUUUAUACUAUUCGGACUCAGGACUUGCCAUCUGCGGAACCAGCAGAAGAGAAACGCAGAGAAAUAGACUGUAAGUUGAGGGUAGUUGAUGUCAAUGAUACUACAGCCCACCUAACGUGGAGACACUUUACAGAAGAGGAGCUUCAGUUUAUAGACGGCGUGCAAGUUCGAUACCGACCAGUCGGUACACCGAUAUACAGCAUGACUGAGCUUCUCCAUCACAGUCGUUCAGCAGCAGACCUUAUAGAUCUACGUCCUGGCAGCAAAUACGAGGCUUCUAUGGUUCUGAUCCCACCCACUCGGUCUGCUACAGAACUGUUUGAUUCUGGUCGUGUAGAAUUUGUUACCUCUCCUUAUAUUGACCCAUACAACUGGACGGUAACAGUAGAAGCGCGUACCGUCGGCUCUGAAGCGGCUGAACUCACGUGGCGCGGUGUACCCUCGCCUGCGGAGCGCUGGGUGCGGGUGUACCGAGCGGCGCACGCGUGUGGAGCGAGGAAAGAACAUGAUGACUUUAGACUCGCUACAAGGGAUCUGCCACCGGCUAUCACUUUGAUUGGUUUGGAGCCAAACUCUAGGUGUCGUGUAUGGCUUGAACUGUUUUUGACCAAUGGAAAAGUCAAAACAAGCAAUGUGUUGGAAAUACACACGAAAUCUUUGGAUUCCCCAGAGCCAGUUGACAACGAAAUAGAAGCAUCCUCAAUAGCGGGUAGUCGUGGCGCGCCCCGGGGUGACUACUACGGUGCGCUCGUGAUCGUCGGCGUUGUAGCCGCGCUGGGAGCACUAACAUCUGUAUUGUUGCUACUCGUUGUUGUUAGGCGACACCGCCCGCACUCCGUGCCGAUCACGCCUGUGCCAACAGCUCCCCGCGAGUCGUCUUUGCCCCCUUACGACAAUCCAGCGUACAAAUUGGAGUUACAGCAAGAAACAAUGGAUCUUUGACAAUUAAGCUCCCGUGGCCAUACGAAUGGGCUAAACGGGAUUUCGGAACGAGCAAUCGACGUGGAGCGUCCUAACGGCCGGCCAUAUAAUGAAAUGGGGGUUUAAUGUGUCCAAACAUAUUGUUAUAUGUGUCUAUAUAUGUAAAUAAUUAUGGACAAAGUGUAAACGAAACAUUGCAAAAUACUUGGUGCAGAAUUAAAUGUGGUGAACUACAGGAAAGUAUCAAAAGUGAAUGCAAAUUAGUUUAUGUGGUAGCAUUUGAAUUUGAAAUAGUAGGUACCUAUAUUUCUUGUUUUCUAUUUCAUUUGUUAUGACUAUGUUUACUGUUGGAUUUGUGAGGAAGAUAGUUAAUCGUCAUAUGCUAGUAUUAGUGUUUAAGGCGAUUACCUAUUUAUUAAGAAUGACAUGAUUUAUCAAACUAUAUAUUUUCAAUAAUUGUUUAUAUACCUACGAGUGGAUUUCCUUAGUCCUUACACAAUAGGUCUAUGUUAAAAUGUAUGAUUUGAAUAGCUCCUUUAUUUAUUAAAUAUUAAUAUUGAAAAAAAAGUGCCUGAAAAUUCGUAUCAUACAAGAAAUGUAAAUAAUGUUGAUAUUAUUUAGUCUAAUUAGAAGAUAAGUAUAUUGUAAAAAUAAUAAGACUGUCUUUUCUUUCUUAUUUUGUCCACACUACAUUUCUCAUUAUUAUUUAUUAUUACCCACACUUGCAAAUAUUUAAUUUGAGAAUUAUUAAUAAAAGAUGAAAACAAUAGGUAUUAUGUGAAACACCAAUGAACAUUAUUUAUGUAAAUAGGGCAGAUUUUAGCAUAAUAUUAAUUUUAUUAUUGACGUAAGAAUUAAAAAUGUCUAUGUCUUGGUAUUUUUGGAAAAGUGGCCGCUCAAAUCAAGAUGACGGACUUAGUUUGAAAUACAUUCGAUGUUCUUUUUUUCUGAAUAAUCUUUCACUGAAUUUUUUUUUUCACUAAUAAAGAUUCACCGAUGUUAUUGGUCUGAUUGUAAGAAUUUUAGUUACCUUGUUGGGAUGGUGAAAAAAUAAUAAUGAAUUUAAUAGUUAAAUCGCUGAAACCUGCCACUUGUUAUUAAUUAAUUAAGCAAUAAAUUUUUAUUUAAA